AUGGAGUGUGGAUAUAGUUUUACUGGGAAAGAACAUCUUACUCAUCAUGAAAGGAUCCAUGCAGGGAGGAAAUGGACAAAUUGGAAAAGCCUCCAGCAAUAUGUAGUGUUGGUGCCCAGCACGAUCCACAUGGAGACCUCUGAGAACUUCUGCAUCCAGAUGAACCAUCUGAAGGAAACACUCACCUUGACCAUCUUUCUGGAAUACGGGAGCCAGAAUUUGAUCCUGAAUCAAGUGACGGUAGAAGAGAAAGAUGGAUUUCGGUGUGUUCCUUUCCAGAUUCCCAGGUGGAGCAACAUUUCACCCCCAUCGGAAGCCAUUCUUGUGUUGAGAGCAAAUGGGUUAACCCAGAAUUUCUGGAGCCGCAAAAAAGUGCAGAUUGAGCAAGCAAAGGAUCUGCUUUUCAUCCAGACAGACAAACCAAUCUACAAACCGAAGCAAGAAGUUCAGUUUCGCAUCGUCUGUAUGGAUAAAGAUUUCCGUCCCAUGAAGAGAAAGUUUCCAGUUGUGUACAUCCAGGAUCCCAAAAACAACCGGGUGUUCCAGUGGAGAGAUGUGGAGGUUCUGAUGGGCAUAAUCCAGCUUUCCUAUUCUCUGUCUUCUGAUCCCCGCUUGGGCACCUACCAAGUGGUGGUAGAGAAAGACUCCACAAAGGUUGCUGAAUACAGCUUUGAGGUGGACGAAUAUGUUCUGCCCAAGUUUGAGGUUUUGAUGAAGGCCCCCAAGCUAAUCCAGAUUUUAACUAAGGAGAUAAAAGUCAGUGUGUGUGGCAGGUAUACCUAUGGGAAACCUGUGCCCGGCCUGGUGAAGCUGCGCCUCUGCCGGCAACCCGAACGAUUGCCUUUCCAGUGUAAUAGCGGUAAAAGUCUGUGUAAAGAAUUUGAUGGGGUGGAAUCGAAUGGCACAGAAUCCAUUGAGAUCACAUCCACAGUGAGCAAAGUUAUCUUUGAAAACCCAGACCGUUACUAUAAACCCGGCAUUCCCUAUGUUGUGAAGGUGAAGCUGGUAGACAGUACCGAGUUGCCUAUGGGCAAUGAAACAGUGCAGCUUUUGAUAUUGUCAAGACACCAGGAGAUGACUCAAGUGACGGAUGCUGAGGGGCGAGCCCAAUUUUCCAUCGACACCACCGAUUUCAGACGUGACCUUUUGACUCUUAAGGCUAUGUAUCAAGUCAGUUCUCAGUGUGGUAGCAUCUACUGGGUUACACCCCAGCACAAUGAGGCAUUUCACACAGCGAAUGCGGUUUCUUCUCCAAGCCAAAGUUACCUACAUAUCGAGCCUGCGUCAGAGACUCUAAGCUGCGGCCACCGUGAGCCAGUUCGGGUGCGUUACAUCCUUAACCGAGGUGAUGAGACGGAGGACAAGAUUGUCUUCUAUUACAUGGUCAAGGCUAAGGGGAACAUCAUACGAACAGGGACACACAGGCAGCCAGUGGAACAGGGAAAAGAACCCAAAGGGGACUUCCUUUUGAAUCUCUCGGUGGAUGUUGACAUGGCUCCCAAGACCCACUUGCUUGUCUACACCAUUUUGCCCAGUGGAGAACUCAUUGCUGACUCGAGAGAUUUCACCAUAGAAAAGUGCUUUUCUAACAAGGUAAAACUCUGGUUCUCUGAUCAACAAGGCCUGCCUGGCCAGAAAACCCAACUCCAUCUUUCAGCCUUCCCCGGUUCCCUCUGUGCCAUCCACGCUGUUGACCAGAGUGUCUUUCUCUUGAAACCUGAAACUGAGAUCUCCCCUGAGAAGGUUUACAAUUUCCUGCCCAAGAAAGAGCGCAUCAUCUCUGAUGACCUCAUUUUGGAUGAAACCAAUCUUCAUCCCUGCCCUGAAGAACCAUUCAGGCCUGAAAAUAUUGGCUUCGGCACAUUGCAUUUUUUUUCCGAGGAUGGGGAUUCUUACAAAAUAUUCAGGGACUUUGGCUUGAGCAUUUUUACAAACACCAAGCUGCGCAACCCGCACAACUGCUUCAACCUUGGCUUCCGGAGCCCGGAUCGGGCUGCUUGGGAGCUGCAAAAUCGCUCUGGAACCAUAGAUCUGGGCGGCAGAGGCCUUUUCCAGGCCUCCGGAGCCUGGAUCGGGUUGCUGAGGGUCCACAAAAUCACUCUGCAGCCAUACCUGUACUCCCGCUGGCAGCUUAGAAGGAACCAGUUCUUCUGUUCAAAAAGAAGUGAUUCUCAAAGAAAUAGCCCUUCUCACCUCCUUGGUUCUGGCAGAAGGAGGGAUGUAUCUAAAGAAUCCAAGGAGAUUGCUCUUCCUGUGACCAUCCCGGACACCAUCACCGAAUGGAAAGCUGGAGCUUUCUGUCUUUCAGCAGACACUGGCUUUGGCCUGGCCCAGCCCGCUUCUCUGACGGCUUUCCAGCCAUUCUUCAUUGAACUCACUUUACCCUAUUCCGUGGUGCGAGGAGAAGCCUUCCCACUCAAGGCUACAGUCUUCUCCUACCAGGAUUACUGCAUCCGGGUCAGAAUAUCUCUGGCUCCUUCUGCUGACUUUGAUGCAUCCCCUAUGGAGAAGGAGGAGGAUUCCUAUUGUAUCUGUGCAAGCGGAAGAAAAACAGUGCCAUGGAUGGUGACCCCUAAAAUUCUAGGGGAGAUAAACAUCACAGCAAGUGCAGAGGCUGUGAGCUCAAAUCAGCUCUGUGGGAAUGAAGUAGUGGAGGUGCCCACCAUCGGAAACAAAGACGUCAUGAUCAAGUCACUAUUAGUUGAGCCUGAAGGGAUCGAGAAAGAAGUGGUCUUCAACUCUCAUCUCUGUGCAGAUGGAAAACCUAAGUCCGAAUCUAUUCCUCUGACAUUACCGGAAAAUGUUGUUGAAGGCUCAGCCAGGGCCUCCUUUUGUGUGCUGGGAGACGUUCUCGGGGGAGCGAUACAGAACCUCCACCAGCUUCUCAAGAUGCCCUACGGCUGUGGGGAGCAGAACAUGGCCCUCUUUGCCCCCAAUAUCUACAUCCUGAACUAUCUCAAAAAGACUGGACAACUGACCGAGGACAUCAAAUCCAAGGGCAUCGGAUAUUUAGUGGCUG